GCAGGAAAUUGAACACCUUUCGUCUACGACCACAAAGCCAUACUCUGUUCCAUUACUCAUACGCCAUCCUGAUGGAUGUCUUUUAGUUGGAUUUGUUGUUCAUCUCAUAUUGCGGUUGCGCACCUAGGCCGGUGGAAGCUGCGACUGAAUGAUGGCAUCAGCAAACGCCCUUAGAUAAUUAUCCUUGAACGAGAGAUCGCUUGCUCAGCGAUCAGCGACCAGCGACCAAGAUGCCCGUGAGGAUGAGGAUGAGAUGGACCGCUUACGCUGGGGUAUGUAUCCUGCCUGCGCUUCUUCUGUUGUAUGAGCCUGUCUAUGAGUGCUGACAGUCGGGUGCUUGUCCAGGCCUCGACCGCCCUCGCUGCCGGUGUCAUACUCAAAGCUCUGGCACAGCGACCGAACUUCUACUCCGCCGCCGUUUACCUCUCGCAGUCCUCCGCUAACCUCAUGAUCCUGACGAACCUCCUCUUCGUCGUCGCGUGCACAUUCUUGCUUGGACUACAGAAACUACUCUAUGGAAAUCUACGGCCAAUCGAGAUUGAACAGCUGUACGAGAAAGCAUGGUUCGCAGUCACCGAGACGUGUCUUGCGAUGACAGUAUUCAGAGGCGAACUGGGUCUACCAUUCCUCGCAAUGUUCUUCGCUCUUCUUACAGGAAAAGUCUGGGGCUGGAUAGGAGAAGGUCGUGUAGAGGUGCUAGAGCAGCAACCGCCCAGGAACCCACGACUUUUCCAUACACGUCUCGCUUUGAGUCUGGGCUUGAGUGUCGCUUUCGAUCUAACAAUGCUUGAAUACGUGGUGAAACAAGUCAUGAGGAUGGCCAGACCGGAUAUGAUGGUCAUGUUUGGUUUCGAAUUCGCCGUGCUCUCGAUUAUGAGCAUGAGUACCGCCCUACGGUACGCCGUCAAUUUACUUGAGAUUGGAAUCGUACGAGAACAGAAGCGGCAGCGUAUUGAGCAAAUCAAGAGAGAACGAGUGCAUGCUGCUGUCACCGAGUUUCAAGAAUCACAGGCCCAACAAGCCACUCCGACAGAUGCCUCUGAGACGACACCAACCCCCACCCUGCAGACUCUUGAGCAAGUGAGGCGGGAAGCCUUCGACCAACCUGUUGACGAGAACGAGGUCGAAGUUGAAGGAUGGGAGGACAAAGGCCGCUACAUGUUUUACCUCAACCUUGCUACGGACUUUUUCAAGCUGGUGAUUUAUUUGGCGUUUUUCUUCAUUCUACUUGUAUUUUAUGGACUGCCGAUACAUAUCUUGAGAGAUGUGUUCUUGACGAUGCGGUCAUUCUUGAAACGGAUUUCGGAUUUCAUGAAAUAUCGUGCGGCGACGAGGGAUAUGAAUGCUCGAUACCCCGAUGCUACCGCAGAGGAUAUCGGACGAGAAGACGUAUGCAUAAUAUGCCGGGAGGAGAUGCAACCUUAUCAGCCACCAGCUGCGCAAGACGGCCAGCGACCGAAUCCUGUUGCGGAGAGGAUGCGACCUAAGAAGCUACCGUGUGGACACAUUUUGCACUUUUCUUGCCUAAGAAGUUGGCUUGAGAGACAACAGAUAUGUCCCACGUGCAGAGCGAACGUCGUGCGACCGCCGCAAGGAGGUGCUGCUGGUGCUGGCCAUGGUGGACCGGCUCAAGGUGAUGCGAGGCAAGCUCAACCUAAUGGGAGACAAGGUCCACGGGUGUAUCAAUUCGGACCGCUCCGGAUAGGCGUGGGCGCAGCGAGAGGGAACAACAUGUUUGAAGAGCUACAACAGCAACUUGCCGAUGCCGGAGCUAUUCCUCGCCCUCCAGCAAACGCGAAUGGGAAUGGGAACGCGAAUGCAGAUCCAAACGCUCCAAGACAAUUUGGUGUAGGAUUUCGGUGGUCGGCGAGUCGACGACGGCGACCAGGGGAAUCUCACAGGAGUACCGAAACCCGGAUCGAUGCGUUGGAGCAGCAGAUUCAGCGAGAGGCGGAACAGUUGGCUCGAAAUUCCGCAGAGCUGAGUGUCCUCCAGUCCAUGCAAACUGAAUUGCAGAGAUUGCGUGCAACUAGGGGCACUCCGAUACAGAGGAACAGUGCAGCACAGGGUAUGGUACCAGGAGCGGGGUCUGCAAAUGUCACUCAGACCAUGAGCCCGCUCACCAAUACGCGAACGGGGGCUCGAGGCACAACGAGGUUUGAGGCAGGUGAUCAACAGAAUAUUAUCCAAGCAGGAAGCGACAGAUUACCGCCAGGUCUUACGCUGCCAGAGGGUUGGUCAAUGACCCCUUUGCAUCCAGUGGAAGGAGUGGCAGUAACGCAGUCUCCUCUGGGGGCAAACAACGCUGGUUUGGCAGGCAUGCCUGCAAUCCCUUUCCCCUUCACAGGUUUCGUACCUGAUCCAUCGUUUGGAGGACAAUUCCCGCACAUGAACUUCCCUGGCUUUGGGUUUCCACCGGCAUUCGGCCCUCGGCCACCACCCAACAUGGCAGGCCAUGAUCAAGCAGGUACACCGCAACCGAAUGGUACCCAAGCCCAGCCACAAGCACCAGGAGGACCUCCGCCACAACAUCAAAUACGGCCAGGUUUUCCUCCGCCGUUCGGCAAUCGCUCUGGCGCCAAUCCCGCAGUGCACCUGCAAAGACCUCAAGCUCAGCAGAACGGAAUCCUACAAUAUACCCCCACAGAGGCUCCGGCACAGCAUCCCUCAGGGACGGGUUUCCCUCCUUUCGAAAAUGGGCCAGGCUUGGAUCUCCCAAACUGGGGAGAUUUGGCUGCUCAACUCGUUCAGCAGCAGCCACAGGCAAACGGACACAGACCUGGCGAAGGUGCUUCUACAAGCGAUGGCGGCGCCGGUGCUGCCAGUACUAGCGCAGUUAAUGGACAUCAGCAGAUUCCAGUAUCCCCACCAUCCGGGCCGUUGCCCUCGUGGGGCUUUGACACUGCGACUGACAACGAGCGUUCAAGCAGUAGCAACGCCGCUCAGGUAAAUGGCAGUCGCGAUGAAGACAGCAAUACUAGUGCACCGUCGUCACCAUCGUCGCAGCCUGGUGAAGGGAAGAAUCGGCAAGCUUCUGUGGAGGAUUUGGUUGAGGAUCCGGAUUGAGGGUGAAUGUGUUGCAUAGCAUCAGAAAGUGCUCGAGACUCUGCUAGGGAUCAAAAUCAUCAUGAUUGCUUCU